CCCGGGAUGUCGAGGAUGGGAUAACCCCUAAAGAACACGUGGUUAUCCGAGAAGAGGAAACUCAGAUGGUCGCCACCGUGUUCUCGUGGCGGUCGGAUAACUCCUUUAUCUCCUCCUCGCCUCCACGAGACGCGAAGAUGAUGCGCAUGAAACACGUGACGGUCGUUAUCCACGGGCAACCUUACGAGUUACAUCGCCUGAUUGCGGAAAUCCUAAGGGAAUAUCAUAGAGCAGUUAGCGUAACGAACACGGACAUCGAACUGUCACUAAUCAUCCAACACGAGAUUCAGACUGGAGACACGGACAUCGGACUGUCACUAAUAAUCCAACAUAAGAUUCAGACUGGAAAUCACCCCCCAAUCCAUUGCAAACCGUAUCGAUAUUCCCUCGCUGAACGGAAAACGGCCUUCCAGAGGAUUAGAAAGUUCGAGGCUAACAGAUGGAUUGAUCCGGUUACGGGACCGUGGUCGUUCCCAGUAGUUCUCGUACCGAAGAAGAAUGGGUCGGUCCACAUUUGCAUCGAUUAUCGAAAACUGAAUGAUAUCACGAUUAAAGAUGUAUACCCCCUUCCCCGGAUUGAUGAUUUAUUGGAUGCGAUUGAGUGUGCUAACUACUUCAGUAAGUUCGAUAUCCGCCACGGGUUUCACCAUAUUCUGGUUAAGGAGGAGGAUCGGCCUAAGAUGGCCUUUGUUCUGUUUGAAGUUCCGCUUAUCAAGCCAUCGCAGUGGGAGAUAUGGUGUGAGAAUUACUUCACCCUUUCUUUGUGCCUAGUCAGGAUCGAGCUAACGUGGACUCAGGACAGUGAGCAUCGUGCCACGAGUGAGGGUGUGCAGCUGCUUAUUAUCCAAGCCUGGAGGUCGGAGGUGGAGGGAAACCUUCUUGGAUUCGUAGACCGAGGGCAUCACCAAACGAUCGUGUGGGAACUCUUGGUCCCCUUUGCGCACCUGCUCGACGAUCUUCCAACCGAUAUCAUAUCGCAUCACGACGAGAAUCUGGCACCGCACGUGCUUUCGCGGAGUUUAAUGUCGUACUUACAAUGGUCGGCCUGCCUGGAGGAUCGCGGGGGAAGAUGUAGCUACCCAUCACGCGCGGAGUAUCUGAACCCCCGACUUCAGCCCCGAACGGCGUCGGAGGAGGAAGCGGUAGAGGAGGAAGUGACGGAGGAGGACGAGGAGGAAGAGACCUCUGAAGAAGAGGGAAGCUAUAGCGAGUACAGCGAAGAAGAGCCAGGGGCGGUGAGUGAAGAAGAAGAAGAAGAAGGAGAGGAGUCCGAAUGGGAAAGUUUGGGAGGAGAGGCCGACCAGGCGGAAGGCCGAGAAGAGGAUCCCGCGGUGGCCGAGCGAAGGAAAGAGAUAGCGGCAGGGAAGCGACCGUUGGAGCAUUCCAGCGGCACUAAUUUGCCAAUCCCGGAGGACCCGACCAGAGAUCCCAAGCCGCCCUCGAUCGAAGAUGAACUCCCUCCUGCAGAGACUUCAAGCGCGCCGGCAAGGAGGUGACAAAGCCACUCCCCCUCCCCUUCCCCCCAUCCCUCAGUUCGAACACGUGGCGAUGAGGGGCAUCGAGCUACAUCCUCGG